CUGCUGUCAUCUGCAAAAAAAGUGGCAUAAUCCAUUUUUAAAGGCAACUGGCUUUUUUUUUUCUUUCCAGGAAUUUUAUCUUUCUACAAGUGUUGUGACUGAGCGCUCCCGUGAUAUAAAACGACACAAAAGGGAAUGUUUUUGACAUUAUUCAGUUACUGGUUGUGAGGUAGUGACGCUUCAUUCACCCGAUCGGACAGCGAUUCCUCCUUUUCUGAGGAGGAAUCUGUUUUUCCUCCAUUUGAAGGGGUGGAUAAGGCUGGAGAGGGGGUAAAUAGGAAAAGUGGAUGUCGCGACUGUGCGAUCUGUCCCGUUUUCACCGGGACCCGUGUUGGUGGUGAGCCGCCGCGGAGCUGUUGUGGGAGUGUCGCACGCACGCGAGGAUAGUUUGCCCUGGAUUUUUCAAUCAUUUGCGAGAUACGGCUCCCGGACCUCCUCCUCGUCGUCGUCGACGCUGCCUUCCCUUCCUCAUCCUCCCGGUUUUUUCUUCCUCUCUUACCUCCGUGAUUUUGCCGCGGUCCGCACGCGGGGUAGAAGCUCGCGCUCACCUCGAGAGGAUUGAACGCAGCGCGCGAGGCCCCCCGGCCCCUCCCCCACUCUCAAACCCACUUCAGAUCAUCUCCUCACCCCCCUUCUCAUUUUUCCCCUUCAUUUUCUUGAUAUUUUUCCUCAGAGGAGGAGGAUUGCGGGGACUAUUUCAUUUUUACCAACCUUCUUCCCAGCGGCCACCCGAACCAAGUGAUAUUUUUGUGUUUUUUCCUCGUUUCUGAAGCCCCGACGAGGCCGGGCUGUGUACAGUAAAGCAGUGGGGAUGACUUUAGAGUCGAUGAUGGCCUGCUGCCUGAGCGAAGAGGCCAAGGAGUCGAAACGAAUCAACGCCGAAAUCGAUAAGCAACUGCGUCGGGACAAACGCGACGCGAGACGGGAGUUGAAGCUGCUCCUGCUCGGUACGGGUGAGAGCGGCAAGAGUACGUUCAUCAAACAGAUGCGUAUCAUCCAUGGCACCGGAUACACAGACGAGGACAAACGCGGAUUCACCAAACUGGUGUACCAGAACAUCUUCACCUCCAUGCAGUCCAUGAUCCGCGCCACUGAAAACCUGAAAAUCGGCUUUAAGUACGAGCAGAACAAGGCAAACGCCAUGCUGGUGAAGGAGGUGGACAUUGAGAAGGUGUCGUCAUUCGACCAGCCCUACAUUAGUGCCAUUAAGAUGCUGUGGACAGAUCCAGGCAUUCAAGAGGCCUACGACAGACGCCGAGAGUACCAGCUGUCAGACUCCACGAAAUACUAUCUAUCUGAUCUGGAUCGUAUCGCCGUGCCCUCCUACCUUCCCACCCAGCAGGAUGUUCUGAGGGUUCGAAUCCCGACUACUGGGAUUAUUGAAUACCCGUUCGACCUUCAGAGCAUCAUUUUCAGGAUGGUUGAUGUGGGGGGUCAGAGGUCAGAGCGCAGGAAGUGGAUCCACUGUUUUGAGAAUGUGACGUCCAUCAUGUUCCUGGUGGCUCUGAGCGAGUACGAUCAGGUUCUGGUCGAAUCGGACAACGAGAAUCGUAUGGAGGAGAGCAAGGCUCUAUUCAGGACGAUAAUCACAUAUCCAUGGUUCCAAAACUCUUCUGUCAUCCUCUUCCUAAACAAGAAGGACCUGCUGGAGGAGAAGAUCUCCUACUCCCACCUGGUCGACUAUUUCCCAGAGUUCGAUGGGCCUCAAAGGGACGCCCAGGCUGCACGGGAGUUCAUCCUGAAGAUGUUUGUGGAUCUGAACCCCGACAGCGACAAGAUCAUCUACUCGCAUUUCACCUGCGCCACCGACACGGAGAACAUCCGCUUUGUGUUCGCGGCGGUGAAAGACACCAUCCUGCAACUAAACCUGAAGGAAUACAACCUGGUGUGAGACGUGCGACGAGUCCGACACAUGAAUCAGCAUAAAACAGGCACCCACAGAGCGUGCGCACACCUACGUCCACACACACACACACACACACACACACACACAUGCAUCAUGUACACUUUCAGAAACACACGAUUCUUUUGAUUUCUCUUUACUAGCUUCCAGAGUUUUUCUCUUUCUGUCCAGCGGAAUCAUAACGGACAUGUCCUGCUCAUCGUUUGUUUUUUAUUUGUUUGCGAAAGUCUGUCCGCUCAUCCCUGGCAGCUCUCGUCAAAGGCCUCUUUCCCUUUUAUCAAAUUUGACCACAAAAAAAAAGAAGAAGAAAAAAAGUGGCUCGGAUUUGACAAAGGGCAUUAGACUCCUACUAGCCACUUCAGCAUUCACAUAUUUCAUGGAAAUGUUGGAUUGGCGGAGCUACGAUGAGAAUGACCUGUGAUACGCUGGCCUGAAAAACUGGAAGUGACGUUCCUUCUCAUGUCCUGUACUAUCACUCGCUUCAAUCACGUCAUCUGCUCUGAGCGUUUCUCUGGAUUUCCGCCUGGAUGAAUGGAAAAAUGUGGUUUUCACAGCCCUGCAAAAAGACCAAAAAUAAAAAAAAUACAAAAAUCACAACAUGUUUACAUACUUGUACAUGGACUAGUGCUGUGGUGCCGGAAGUUCCGAAACGGAUUCCGGCGGAUUCUAGAAUCCAGUGGGUUCCAGCGGGUUCCACUGAUGGUGUGGAGAACCUUUCACUCACAGAGAUGAUUCUCUCGACGAGGCUAGUCUUCAACUCGCAUCGAUGAAUGUAAACUUCAUGUGAGAGCAUUGCAAAUGCAAAAAAAAACAAAACAACAGCAACAAAAAAAAAUCGGAAAAAAAUGAUAAUGAACGAAAAUAGUGUAAGAAUGCCUAUAUAAGCAAAACGAUACAAAGCACGCGAUGGAGAGAUGAAACGAAUUAAAUCUGUGUAUAUUGCUGAGAUGAUCAUUUUAAAAACUUUUUAAUGAUAAGUAACUAUAGCUACUUCUACUGCUACCGAAUAUAAAGUAAAUUAUAACGGCAGUCGAAUUAAUGGUGGGUAAGAGACAACGUUAAGGAUUUUUAAAUGUGCGCAAAACAGGAUUAUACAUUUAUGAUAGGUAUUGUUCCGCAGAUUUCCACAUUUAACGUUGACCGUUCCCUCACAGUUGUUAUGUUUUAUCCUCCUUCCUGGUUUCGUUUUAAUUUCACCAUCUAAAAAGUAGUUUCGGAGUGCGCGGUUAUCUUUUUCCGCUCACGAACAGAUACUUUACUUUAUUAAUUCACAAUCCAGGCUGCAGACUCGUGGGUAUCGUCGUCAUCUAGCAGCACGGAUGCACACAAUCCAUUAUUUGUUUACGCAUUUUUUUUUUUCUUUUUUUGUCACAACGUAACUUUUUCGGUCGACAAUUUCAAGAAUUUCGCGCGAGUUCCGGUGGGAUCGCGGGAGGACGAGGUUGGGGAAACAGGAAAGCAUUUAUGCGCUGAAGUUAAUUGAUUGUGUAUAUUUAUAUUUGUAAAUACGUAUACACAUUAUUGCUUAUGUACAAAACGUCUGUGGUACACUAUCUUUGGCAAAAAAAAAA